AAACUUGCUUUCUUUAUGGAGAAAAGAAAGUACACAUGUGAGUGAGAAAAUUACGAGCUAGAAAACCGACAAGGACAAGAAAGAUUCUGAUAAAUACUUGGAUUUCCUUAAUUUUGAAAAACUCUCGUAUGAGUCAAGAUUUGUUAUAUUUCUUGGACAUUCAAAAGGGUAUGAGAAAAUCAAGGAAAUUACAUAAAGUUAAGAUACUCUCAUAUUCAUUACACACUAAUGUAAUAGCCGCAUAAUUCUCUACGUGAUUUUCUUACCAUAUAACACACUAUCUUUUAUUUUUAAUGAGAAUUUUUUGUUACUUCGUUUAGAUUAUAUUCUAUGAUCCUUCAUAUGUUUAUUUUGGAUUUUUUCUUAAAUUCUUUUAAAUUAUCUUAACUCUCAUAAUCUCUCGAAUGUGUAUAUAUACAUUGGAUUUUGAUGAAUAAAAUAAGUCAUAUAGUGAAGAAACAUGAACAUAAACAUGUGUAGCAAUAAUGGUAGUAGUAGUGCUUGUGGAUGUGGUAGUGGAGGAGGAGGCAAUGAUCAUGGUGUUACCAUGUGGAGUUCUGGUCUGAAGAAACAACAACAGCAGCAACAAAAACGUCCGAGGAUUCCGAAAAGAGGUCCCGGUGUUGCAGAACUUGAGAAGAUCUUGAGAGAACAAGAAUCUACUGACAUAACAACAAAAGAUAGAGGAAAUAAUGAAGGAUUUUCAGUUUCGUCUUCGUGUUUGAUGCCUCAUUAUUCUUCUUCUUCUUCUUCAUGUUUGAAAUCUCAUCCACCUCCGCCACCACGGUUGAAUUCAAAUAAUUUCCCAUCAGCCCCAAAAUUUGAUCAUGUAGUGCCACCAACCAUUGGAUCUAUGUUUGGUAAUACUAGUACUCAUUCGUUCGGAAGGAAUGGUGGUGCUAGUGCUAGAUCUGGUGAACAUGAACUAUUUCCUGUGGAUCUUACUUCAUGUAAGUCCAAACCAAAUCUUAAUGAAGUUGGUGAAGGAAGCCAAUCUGAUUCUGGAAAUUCUCCACCUAGGAAUUUGUCUAGUGAAUCAAAUCAUGGUUGGUCUUACCCUACAACAAUUCAAAAGAGAAACAAUGGCUAUUCACCCCCCAUGAUGAAUCAAUUUCAUGGGACUGGUGGUAACCAAGCUUCUUCAGGAUCAUUGUCAAUUGGAUCACACAAUCAUCUAGAGUCCCCUUCAAUCCAAAAUUCAUAUUACAACUACUCAACUAGGUCACAUGAUGAACCAAAGAUGGCUGGCUUAAAGCGAUCUCAUACUUCAUCUUUGGACAACUCUCUGAUUCCACCAUCAAAUUUUCAAGUUCUUCCAAGCUUCUCUCGCUACAAUAGGCCACAACAAUCAUCAACAAAUGAAAGUCAUGGUUUGAGUAGUUACAAUCCCACCAAUGAGUGCUACAGGGAUUCCAAAUGGGGUAGCACUUUGGAGCUGAGUAACAAAAGGUUCAAUUCUGAGAAUGCUGGCUCUAGUCAUGCAAAUUUUCCACCAUUUGUUGUUCCUGAAGUUCCACCACCUCCACCUCCUAUGCAUUUGUUUCAAAAUGUUCUUUCCAAGGGGAAUAUGUUCCCUCGUCAAAUCAUUGAAGAUAAAAUGGAGAAUUCAUAUCAACGUUCAGAAUCAAGUGGACAAGAUCGCAAACCUUUCUUUAACUUCUUAGAAGUGCAGGGACAAGGAGGGGCGACAGAUGCAACAAGUGGAUCAAAUCUUGGAGGACUUGAAGGAGGAGGAGGUGGCCUUGAUCUUAGCUUGAAGCUCUAAGUUUGAUAUUUUGCAUAAGAACAAUUUUUUUUAAUUUUUUUUUUUAAAGUAUACUUUGGUUUUACAUUGAAAACAGAGAAUGUUUAGCAACAAAUGAAGAGAUACCAAUUUGUGGGAAUUUUUAUUUAAAUUAUUUACAAUCAUUAAGGUUUUUCAAUGUUGAGUAUUGAGAGAUGAACCACUGGGCUUGAGUGAAGGUUUUUAAUAUUUAAGACCUUUAAUUUGGUUGAAUUUUAGUUCUAGUUGUUAUAACUUUUUUUUUUUUAUUGAAAUAUUGA